UUCAAACCAAUAAGGACGAGAGACUAGCUGUGGUUUGCAUUAAGAAUAAACAAAAGGGGACGAGUCGCAAGGCGGGGUGUGUUGUUGGGGAGUGGGGCGGGGGGGGGGGAGGAAGGCGGAAAAGCCUUCGGGCUAGAUUGGGGCAGACCUCCAAGCCUGGGCCAAGAUAGAGGCAAUGAGCGAGCGCCGACGAGGCUUCGGCUGUUUCUUUGUCUACUCUUCAGCGAUCGUAUCUGCGGCCGCGUUUGCGGAGAGCCGGAGAGCGAGCGAGCGAAAGGGCGCCUUGGUUUGCUUGAGAGAGCAUUUGAGCGGGAACUUAGGCGCGCGCCGAUUUGGGAACUGGGUGCUGCUGCAGACGGACCCCUCAGUGCCACUUCCGACUUUAAGCCUUCCUGGGAAAGUCCUCGUUGGCUGUUUUCAAUUUCGCUCUGGAGACCCGAAGGCCCCCCUCCCCGCCCCUCCCGCCGCCGCCGCCGCCACCUCACUCUCUCCUUUGCCUCACACAGACGCUUGGCAAGCACAGCCCGUGGCGGCGGCGGCGGCGGCAGCAGCAGCAGAAGUCACCCUCACCCGCUCCUCGCUCUAAACGCGAAAUUGUCCUCCAGAGCGAGUGACGGCUGCUCUUGAAGUGGGUCGAGGGUUACUGGUUUAUUUUGUUCUUUUUCAAUCAGCACAGGCUGUUGAGCUUUUAAAACCAAAACGAUGUGAGCAACACUGGUUGGUUCACGUGAAGGGAGUACCUAACCCUGGUGGAUGCUGCAAAGCCGUUCGCUGUGUAAAAAUCCCAAGUCAGUUCAGAUGUUGCUGCUUCAUCCUUUCCCAGGUCUAUGGAAAUGCAGGAUUUAGCCACCCCACAUAGCCGUCUGAGUGCUGGCAGUGAGUCUCCUAAUGGUCCACAACUUGAUAAUUCUCACCUAAAUAAUAAUUCCAUGACACCCAAUGGCACAGAAGGUGACAUGACUCUGCUCAGCACUGCAGACUGGUUGUUAAAUGUUAAUACACAGACCACUGCAGUUAAAACAGAGCCAAUGAGCAGCAGUGAAACUACAACAACAGACGGGUCUUUAGAAAAUUUCUCAGGACCAGCAAUUGGGAGCAGUGGCUUCAGCCCAAGACAAACACACCCGUUUUCCCCACCUCAGAUAUAUUCUUCCAACAGACCAUAUCCACAUAUUCUCCCCACCCCUUCUUCGCAAACUAUGGCUGCAUAUGGGCAGACACAGUUUACCACCGGAAUGCAGCAAGCUUCUGCUUAUUCAACAUACCCACAGCCUGGUCAACACUAUGGAAUCCCAUCAUAUGGUGCAUUGUGGGCAGGCAUCAAGACAGAAGGUGGAUUGACACAAACACAGUCACCUGGUCAGACAGGCUUUCUGAGCUACAGUGCAAGCUUUAGUACUCCUCAACCAGGACAGGCUCCAUACAGUUACCAGAUGCAAGGAACCAGUUUCACAACAUCAUCUGGAAUAUAUACUGGAAAUAAUUCACUUACAAAUUCUACUGGAUUCAAUGGUUCGCAGCAGGAAUAUCCAUCUUAUCCCACCUUUGGCCAGGGUCAGUAUGCACAGUAUUAUAAUAGUUCUCCAUAUCCCCCGCAUUAUAUGACAAGCAGCAACACCAGUCCAACAACUCCUUCCUCCAAUGCAACUUACCAACUACAAGAACCACCAAGUGGUAUCACAAAUCAAGCUAUAACAGAUGCUACAGCAGCAGAGUACAGUACAAUUCCUACAACACCAGUUAAAGAUUCAGAGGCAGAUAGGCUGCGUCGCAGCUCAGAUGGCAAAUCACGUGGCCGAGGCAGAAGGAAUAACAAUCCUUCACCACCACCUGACUCUGACCUUGAGAGAGUAUUCAUUUGGGAUUUGGAUGAGACAAUCAUCAUUUUCCAUUCACUUCUUACAGGAUCGUAUGCUAAUAGAUAUGGGAGAGACCCCCCUACUUCUGUUUCACUGGGACUAAGGAUGGAGGAGAUGAUUUUCAAUUUGGCAGAUACGCAUCUGUUCUUUAAUGAUUUAGAAGAAUGUGACCAAGUUCAUAUUGAUGAUGUUUCAUCAGAUGAUAAUGGCCAGGAUUUAAGCACCUAUAACUUCGGGACAGAUGGGUUUCCUGCAGCAGCUACCAGUGCUAAUCUAUGCUUAGCAACGGGGGUGCGUGGAGGAGUGGACUGGAUGAGAAAGCUAGCUUUCCGAUACAGACGAGUAAAAGAAAUCUAUAACACCUAUAAAAAUAAUGUUGGAGGUCUUCUGGGCCCAGCAAAGAGAGAAGCUUGGUUGCAGCUUAGAGCAGAAAUUGAAGCCCUUACAGAUUCGUGGUUAACACUUGCACUGAAAGCACUCACACUAAUUCACUCUAGGACAAAUUGUGUCAAUAUUUUAGUAACGACUACUCAGCUUAUCCCAGCUCUUGCCAAGGUCUUGCUGUAUGGUUUGGGUGUGGUAUUUCCAAUAGAAAAUAUUUACAGUGCAACAAAAAUAGGAAAAGAAAGCUGUUUUGAGCGCAUAAUUCAAAGAUUUGGAAGAAAAGUAGUUUACGUUGUCAUAGGAGAUGGUGUGGAAGAAGAACAAGGAUCAAAGAAGCAUGCCAUGCCAUUCUGGAGGAUCUCAAGUCAUUCUGACCUUAUGGCACUUCAUCAUGCCUUGGAACUGGAGUACUUAUAGUAGCACUUUGUAACUUCGGAACCUCCCUCACAUCCGUGGACGAUGUUCCUGAGUCUUGUUUCAGCACUGGCCUACAGAAUUUUUUUGAUUUCAUCAUGUUGAUGUGCAGCUGCAGAUGGUCUUAACCCUUGCCCUUUCAAUAAACGGACAAGCACAUCUAUUUCUUCAGAAACAGCUGUUCAUUCUAGUACUGUGAACCCAAUGAGAACAAGCCAUGGUGAGAAUGUUUUAGCAAUGUCUUCUUACCACAUUCACUACAUUUAAAAGUUCAUACCUGUGAAGAGACUGGGAUGUGCUUUGUGAUUUCUAGAAUCUCCAGUGUGGUAUGAACACAUCUUAAAUACAGCAAACCUGAUUGCACAACUAAGACUGAACUUUUUAAAAAUGGACACCUUUUUAAAGGUUUACUUUUUUCUUGCUUUUUUCCUCAGAUCCAGGGUACUCUGUAAAUCUUUACUUAUUUAUGAACAGAUUCUGUUUUGACAUCAUUUAAAUGUGGAUAUGUACAAUAUGUGGGAAGGCUAUAACUCGUCAUUGCCUUCUGCUCACAAAUUUUUUUUGUUUUAGCGCAUUGCAAAGUAGAAGUAUUUCUAAUUUAAACAAAUAAGUACAUCACUGAGACAAUCGUGUACAGGAAGAAUGUUUUGUGUAAAUUUCUAAUGGACAAUGUUUUACAUAUUGUUUAGGCAAAUAUUAUUGAAUAGUAGUAAUGGAUUUUUGGUGAAGAAUGAGGCAGUAUGUGCACAAACUAUUGUGCUGUGCCUUAUAAAAGAAUUGUGUAUAAUGUAUAAAUUGAAAUUUUUAAGAUCAGUUUGUCAAGACCAAAACCAUGGUUGUCAAGUGUCAAUGAGGAAUCACUUUUUAUUCAUUCUUUUAGUUUUCUUCUUUGCAAAUCUAUUAUAUCACAAUAUCAGCUCUCUAAUUUUACCUUGCCUAUAGUAGGCUAUCCUCUCAUUUAUACUUUGUACUUGAAUGUAUAAGUUCAAGUGUAAAAUAUACUUAAUUCAAAUCAGAUGAGAAAAAAUAGCAUGGUUAAAUUGUCACUUUUUUAAAGUGCGUAUGGAGGCCUGAUUUAGCAUUGUUUAUGUGUACUUUGCCAAGAAAAGUAGCAGUUUACACAUGAACGUGUAUUCCUAACUGAUAUGAAGCAUGUGUAUUAGUACUGCUUGAAAAAUGAGCACAGUGUUCUGUUCCUUUAUUUAACUGGUUUGAGUCAUAAACUGAACAGCUUUUGUCCGUGGAAGAUGUUGAAACAAUAGAAUAAUAUUCCUAAUGGAUAAAAUCAAUUUUAUUGAUUAUUUGUCUCCCGGGAAUCCCCAGAAAUAUGUUGCUAAGAAAUGGGAUAUGUUCCAGAACAGGAUUUUAGGAGAAAGGAGAUAGUGACAAAAAUUGUCAUUCCCUAUUUCUAUUUUUACUUUCAGGAGCAAUAUUACUGGAAUUCUGCCAAUGAAAAUAUAUUUGCAUUCAAGUCACUGUCUUCUCAUGCAAAUAUUGAAUGUGGAAUCUAUUCUUUUUGUCAGAAAUAUACAGAACUUU